AUGGAAAUAAUAGGCGCAAAACCAAGUGUAAAUUUUAAUUUUUUUGAUGAAGAAACACAAAACAAUGAUAAUUUAAAUUAUAUGGAGAGUACAAAUAAUUAUGAUAAAAGGGAAGAUCAGGAUUAUUUUUAUUCAAAUAGAAGAACGUUUUUAGACAAAAAUAGUGAAAAUAGAAGAAAAGAAUCACCUAGUAAAAAACUAGGUUUAUGUGUAGAUGAAAUUUGCACGUGUGGCUUUCAUAGAUGCCCUAAAAUAAUAAAACCUUUACCUUUCGAAGGUGAAAGCAAUUAUAGAAGUGAGUUUGGACCUAAACCAUUACCUGAGUUACCACCAAGAGUUGAAACCAAAUUAGUGAAAUCGUUACCGUUUGAAGGAGAAAGUAAUUAUAGAAGCGAAUUUGGACCAAAGCCAUUGCCAGAAAUACAACCAAGAGUAGAAAAUAAGCCUCAUAAAACAUUGCCUUUUGAAGGAGAAAGUAAUUAUAGAAGUGAGUUUGGACCUAAACCAUUACCUGAGUUACCACCAAGAGUUGAAACCAAAUUAGUGAAAUCGUUACCGUUUGAAGGAGAAAGUAAUUAUAGAAGCGAAUUUGGACCAAAGCCAUUGCCAGAAAUACAACCAAGAGUAGAAAAUAAGCCUCAUAAAACAUUGCCUUUUGAAGGAGAAAGUAAUUAUAGAAGUGAGUUUGGACCUAAACCAUUACCUGAGUUACCACCAAGAGUUGAAACCAAAUUAGUGAAAUCGUUACCGUUUGAAGGAGAAAGCUAUUAUAGAAGCGAAUUUGGACCAAAGCCAUUGCCAGAAAUACAACCAAGAGUAGAAAAUAAGCCUCAUAAAACAUUGCCUUUUGAAGGAGAAAGUAACUAUAGGACUGAAUAUGUAAGAAAAGUUAUUCCUAUUUGUCCGGUAAAUUUAUUACCUAAAUACCCUGCACCUACUUAUCCAGCUGAACAUAUAUUUUGGGAUGAUGUAAAAAAAGCGUGGUAUUAA